UUCAGCACGUCGUAUAAAACCAGUACGAUCCGUUAUACCUUGACAGAGCUGGAAAAUCCUUGGCGCUUAAGCAGUCUUGUCGAAGCAACAAGAAGAACAUCGCACAAUUUCGUCAUUGUGAUGAAAAACGACUCACUGCUUGGAAGUAUCAUGUAUUUUGCGAUCUUUCUAUUAUUCGUGGGGAUAUCAAAUGCGAAACCCCUUGAUUAUAAAGACGUUGAAAAUCUUUUACCAACGGAACCUCAAACCACAAAUGAUACUUUAGCCGCCAUUGUACGGGAUCCAGUAGUACAAGAUGCUGUGCAAAACGCGGUUGGCAAUGGAUCCUUAGAAGGCUUAGUAGUAAAGAAGAAAGUACUUGUUAUGCCUGCCACUGAACCUACUAAGGUGGUGUCACAGCGUGAGCAGAUUCUUGUGGUUCCUAUGACGCAUUUAGAGGAUGUACGAAAAAAUAUCACAGAAACAGUGAAUGCAGCAACUGACGUUGACGGUUUGACAUCUACAGAUGUCCAAUCUUUCACCGAAAAUGAUGAGGAUGGAUACACGAACUCGGAAGGAAAAGAUAUUUCGUCUUAUACAUCGCAGCGUGAUGAUUUUUACGAAGUAUUAACUGAGACAUUUAAAACUACGCAGAAGCCAUUCGGUAUCGAUAACAUACCGCAAGAAAUUCCAUAUCUUAUGCCAAACCCGAGCCAGGGAAUAGCAUCCCCGGAACAUUCACCAUCCACAAUAUCGGUACCAAUCAUUGCGUUCUUCGAUCCCGCAAAAAUUUCUGAUGAUAAAAUUGACGUGCCGAUCGCGGCAGCAUUAUCAAGACAAGAUGAAGUUUUAAAAAAUCACUUAGAGAAUGGACGUGACGUGAUUCAACGAAAUGUUCAAAAUUACGUCGAUGAAAGCUCGUGGACAAUGAAUCCAAAUAAUUGGCAACUUCCGUCUUCUUCGGAGAUGGAAGUAUCAUCUUCGCUGUACGAGCCGAGUACGAAACAAACCAAGUACAUAAAUGAUAUUAAUACUGAAAAUUCGUUGCCAGUUACAAUAUCUCGUGUUGAUAUUGUACGACCACUCUUUUGGACUUCGGAUGCGGACAUUAACUAUUCCACAGAUCCACACGACAUGGAAGUCGCCGCAGAUAUUGUCUUCCGGCCACUUUUCAGAUACCGACAAGAGGUACAGCGGAGAACUUACAGAAAACCGACUUAUCAAAGAUAUAAUCGUUAUAAUUCUUACCCGAGACGUAAUUAUCGAUAUAGACCUCGAUAUUCCGACGAUUAUUAUUAAUAUUUAUAAUAAAAAUAAAUGAAUGUUGUCAUUAAAAAAAUAUAAUAAAAAUAAAUAUUUAUCUUUUAUAAUAUUGAUAACAAUAUAAAACAU